GGCUCAGCAGCAACAUUUAAUACUUUUUCUUAGUUUUUAUGCAAGUAUAUUUAAUUUUUGAUAAGUUGCUCCAAAUUUGCGAAAAUGUGGGAGGAAUUGGAGAGAUAUAGGAAUCAUUUCCUGCAACAUGAAAUCAAAACUGUGCUGAAGCCGAGCUCCAUAAAUCGUCAGCAAGAACGAGAAUGGCGGGAGUUUAUGGAUAAGCGCGAGUGCUGCAAGCGCUUUCCACAACGCUGCACCUUUAGCUCAACCUAUUUUGAGGAUCGGGCUCAGUUGGCUUACGGAUGGUUUGCCUUGCCCAAGUUGAUGCGUGAAUUGGACAGUGAUAGCCACUUGACCCAUUGGCGUGCUAUUGUUUCGUUGUCAGAGUUUUUGUUAAAUCCAUUGAAUGCCCAACGCGCCACCCUCGAGAUGGAUAUCGUGCGAAAGUUGAAGAACUCGUUUAUGCGUAUGCGCCUGAAACAUCACACGGAGCACUAUCGUGAGAUCGAAAUUUAUUUAAAGAUCUAUAAUGUGCUCUCAAGGAAUUUAAAUGCCGCCGAGAGGAUCGCCUCGCGGAAAUGCCUCAUGAGUGAGUUCUACAAGAUAUUAAUGGAAAAGUGUACAUACAAGCAGGAAUUGACAGCUGAGAUAUUGCGGAAUUUAACGGGAAAACCAGAAGUGCUCGGCAUAGUGCUGGAAGAUCCGGACAAUAUUGCCGCUACUGCGAGCAUCUUUCAGCAGGAUCCCUGCAAGUCCGUUUAUCCGCUUGACUUGUGGCAUCAUUUGUGCCAUUUACUGGAGCUGGUGCCAGAUCAGGGCAUCAAGUUGGGUUUAUUUGAGUUUUUGCACUCACGCAUUUACAAUCGAUUGCCAAAGUUCUGGGAAAUGUCCACCAAGGCGUUCGCCUUGCUCUUGCGUUGCGAGGAAGGCCAGAAGCGGUUCGACGACAUCGAUGGCAUCAAGUUGAUACACGACGUAUUUCAGGACGCGUCUCGGAAGGAUUUAAGGAAAUUGCCAUUCCAAAUUGUCGAAAACUUUGAAUAUACCGUGCUCGCUCUGCUCAAUGGCCUGCACAGCAAACGGGCCUUGUGGCGUUGUCGGGAGUUCACCGAACUGCCCUGUUUUGUGGGUCGACUGAUGUCCACGGAAACGAAUCCACGCCUGCAAUUGUACUGCCUGAAGGCUCUGCGUGAGAUGGGAAUGAUGCCAUGCAUCAAGCGGUAUAUUAUUGGAAAUUGGUUGCUCGAGAUCCGCCAGCUCUUCUGCCUGGAUGCAGAUGCGGAAUGUGCUCGCGAUGAAUUGGUAGACUGGCUUCGUCGCGACAUUGCAGACAGCAGCUCCUAAGAUAAUUUGCAUGUUCAUCUAAGCUCAAGUUAUAGCUAAUUAUUGAUUUUUGGAGUUAUUAAAUAUGUUCAAAUUCCUUGGUGAGCGCAGCGUAAA